GGGAGCAUGGCUGCGUCAAAAGUUUUACCGCGAUCACGCACUCUGUGUUUACACGCGCUAUAAAACAAAGUGUAAAUAAAAGGAACUUUUAACAAAUUGGACUUGAAGUGAGAAAAAGUUUAUCGGACUAAGUUAGUGGCUAAUAACGGACAAAUGUACUGUAUUUUAAAGUGAAAAUGUUAAGGAACUUAUGCGGAAUGAGUUCGUUAAAAGUUUGGAUGUGUUUGGUCGUGGUGGCGGCUGCGCGCGCACGGUCCGCGCCGCCCGCCCCCGCCGGCUGUCAGUGGGACUAUUCGGACGCAAAGUUGAGUGAAUCAAACUUUCUCACGUGUAACAUCAAAACCAUCGGCUCUGCAGACUUCUUGUUUAAAAACAUUACGACCGCGCAGGCGUUCAACAUCAACAAGUUGAAGCUCACUUGCACCGAUCUGCUUUUCUUCGAAAGCUCCCUGCACAUGAACACGGGCAGUUUUCUCGGGCAACUUCGGAAAUUAGAGGACUUGCGCGUCGAAUACUGCAAAAUUCGUUACGUUCCGGCUACUGUUUUGUCUCCGCUACGUGACUUGACAAGUUUAACUCUACGCUCCUACAAUACUGAUUGGCCUGCGAUGACUAUGGAAUUCCACGCGGAGAGUUUCCGUGGACUAAUGGAACUGAGGUCCUUAGAUUUAGGCGACAAUAACAUCUACAUGCUGCCGUCCGAAGUCUUCUGUCCGCUUUUUAGUUUGGAGUCAUUGAAUCUGACCAACAAUAGAAUACAAGACAUAUCAGAAAUCGGCUUUUCCGACUGGGGCAAGGGACCAAUCGCACCCGGUAAAUCAUGCAAUACUGGACUUAAAAUGCUCGACAUAUCCCACAAUAAUAUCUUAAGACUGCCCGACAACGGACUUUCUAGCCUGAGAUCUUUAGAAGUGUUGAAUAUUCAUAACAACCUAAUUAACGAGAUAGGAGACCGAGCCUUUGUCGGAUUGAAUUCAUUAAAAAUUCUGAACUUGUCCGGGAAUAAGUUAGUUGCUGUCCCUCCAGAACUAUUCCAGUCGUCGCGCGUUAUAAAGGAAAUUUCUUUAGCGAACAAUUCGCUCGCAGUUUUGGCCCCGGGCUUACUCGAAGGCUUGGAUCAACUUGAAAAGCUGGAUUUAUCGAGAAACCGCCUAACAAAUGAUUGGGUGAACCGAGAUACUUUUGCCGGCCUUAUACGUUUGGUUAUCCUGAACUUAUCUCACAAUGCUCUUGCCAGACUGGACCCGAAGUCGUUUCAAGAUUUGAAUAACUUACAAGUUUUGAAUUUGGAUAACAACGCUAUCGAAACUAUCAGCAACGGCGCAUUUGCUGAACUUAAAAAUCUACAUCACCUCUCGAUUUCGGACAAUAGAAUCAAAUCACUGAAUGAGCACAUAUUUUCAAACCUUUUUGUUUUGAAUCAACUAUAUAUGGACAACAACAAUAUUGAUACCAUUCAUGAGCGGUGUUUCGAAAACAUUACUUAUUUACAAGAUCUAGGAUUGAAUGGCAAUAACCUAAACACAAUACCAGAAGGCAUUAAGAAACUACGAUUCUUGAAAUCUCUAGACAUCGGCAAAAAUAACAUCACGAAAAUAUCUAACACAUCAUUUGAGGGAUUAGAGGAACUAUAUGGAUUACGAUUGGUGGACAACCAAAUUGAAAGUGUCCCUAAGGACACUUUUAGUACCCUGCCCUCGCUUCAAGUUCUUAAUCUGGCUUCAAACAAGAUUUCGACCAUUGAGCAGGAUGCGUUUGUGUCAAACCCGACACUAAAAGCAAUCCGAUUAGAUGGGAAUAAACUGACCGACAUUCGAGGCGUUUUUAGUAACUUGAAUACCCUCGGCUGGCUCAACAUAUCCGACAACAAACUUAUUUACUUUGAUUACAGUUACAUGCCAGCGGCUCUUGAAUGGUUGGAUAUCCAUAGUAAUAAUAUCACGAAACUGGACAAUGAACAUAAUGCGCAACCGAAUAUCAGAAUGCUCGACGUAAGCUACAAUGCAUUGGAAAACGUCGAUGAAAGAUCAAUACCUGAUUCUAUUGAGAUCCUUUUCUUGAACAACAAUAAAAUUCACACGAUCAACCCAGGUACAUUUUUACAAAAAAGAAACUUAGAAAAAGUCGUCGUGACCGAAAAUAAAUUGAGAACCGUCGAGCUAUCGGCGUUCACGCUGCCACAUGUAGCGAAGCAUAGAUCAUUGCCAAAAUUCUUCAUUGGUAAUAAUCCAUUUGUUUGUAACUGUCACAUGAUAUGGCUUCAGAAGAUAAAUCUCUGGAAUCACAUGAGGCAAUAUCCGAGAUUUGUCGAUUUAGAUUCAGUCACGUGCGAAGUCGUUAAUAACAAGUAUGGCGGGAAGGCUAACCUAAUGGAUGUUCCCGAGACCCACUUCUUAUGCUCAUAUGAAACUCAUUGCUCGUCGAACUGUUUUUGCUGUGACUUUGAGGCAUGCGAUUGCAAGAUGACAUGUCCAGAAGGCUGUUCCUGUUUCCACGAUAGUAAUUGGAGUUCCAACGUGAUUGACUGCUCUAAUGUUGGCUAUACUGAUAUCCCAGAAAAAAUACCGAUGGAUGCGACAGAGCUUUACCUAGAUGGUAAUGACUUCGGUUCAUUGAACAGCCAUUUAUUCAUCGGCAAGAAAAAGUUGCACAAAUUGUACUUAAACAACAGUAACAUCGCUACAAUCGAUAAUGACACUCUAAAUGGACUUCAUGCUCUAAAUGUUUUACAUCUCGAAAACAACCAUCUAACUGAGUUAUCUGGGGGAGAGUUUUCGCAAACAAAACAUUUGAGAGAGUUAUACUUGAAUAAUAACCUCUUGACAAGUGUUGCGAAUAAAACUUUUGAGGGCUUGUCAGCUUUGAGAGUGGCACAUUUGGAGGGCAACAAGAUACUCGACCUUGACAAAAAGUUAGCUUCUGUCACAACGUUAGAAAACGUCAACGUUGAAGGAAACACAUUUACUUGCACAUGCGAUAAUGUGUUGCUACUUCAAAACUGGCUCAAGAAACAUAAUCAAGAUCCAUUGGAAAUGUUGUGCGUUGACGAAAAUGAACUAGUGUCCAACCUAACAGUGUUUGAUGUGAUUGACAGUUGUCGUGAUUCAAGUGUUUCGGACAAUACGAUUCCAACUGAGAAUCAACUUUAUCGGUACGACGAAGUGAGCACCAUAAAUUUGAACUUUGUACCCUUAUUGGCGGUAGUCUUAAUAAGUGUUAUUCUGAUUCUAUUGUUUGGUGCCUUAGCGUUCUCCUUUAGGCAAAACGUGCGCCUGUGGGCCCAUUCCAAAUAUGGCGUCAGGCUAUUCAAAAGUGCAUCUAUUCAAGAAAGUGAACUAGAUAGAGACACUAUGUACGAUGGAUAUGCAGUGUAUAGUUUAUUAGAUGAUGAUUUUGUAUCAAAAGUUGUAGCCCCUGAAAUGGAACACUCAGGUUACACAAUGUGCUUUCAUUACAGGGACUUACAACUCGCUCCCGAAAAUUAUUUAAUUGAACAAAUUACUAACGCGGCCGAUUCGGCUAAGAGAAUUCUUAUUUUUGUAUCUUUUAACUUCUUACAAAACGAAUGGUCAAAGGCUUCAUUCAAAGCUGCCGUUAAGCACAUUAUAACUUCUAUUCACCCGUCAAUCAGACGUCACCGAGUAGUGUUCAUAUUGACAACGGAUGUGAGUGCACUUAAUUUGGACUUAGACUUCCAAAAUUAUCUGAAGUCAUGCAACGUCCUUUUGUGGGGUGAAAAGAAGUUUUGGGAGAAGAUAAGAUUUGUGAUGCCCGAUAUUUCUAACUUGCAAUGGAAUAAAGACACAAUGAAUUACAAUCAUAAUGUGUGCCCGAACGGGAGGCGGCAUCCCUCUAGAUACACGGCGUCACCUACGGCGCCGGAGCACUGGUAUAAAUACGACGCGAUUCCCCCGACUACCCCAGUAGGCAAUGUUGGCAUAAAUAUUGAAGAUGACACUUCAAUGUUGACCAAUACUACACUCACAAGUCAGAUUCCCGACGGGGAAAAUAUCCACCAUAGUUACAUUUCUAUAGAUACGCAAACGUACGAGCAGCCGUACGGCGGCCGACCGAGGCCUCCCCACACUCUGCGUAAACAUCCUGUGCAUAACUCCCCGUCCAUGCUCGAUGAGCAAGGCUACUUGCAGCCGCGCUCCUCCGUACACGAGUGCCUGCCCCAAACUCACAUAGCCACGCACAGAUGAUAAACUUAUCUCCUAAAGAUAAAUAAAUCCUAAUUGCUUCACAUUCCAUGUGUUGAGUACGCCUUUUAAGUUGGCCAUGCCUUAAAAUCGUGAUAAACUUGCAAGUGUUUGGUUUCAUUGUUUGACCAAAUGUUUGUUGACUUGUUCCUUGAUAGAUAACAUAAACAUUAGUUUGUACGUGAUGAGACUGUAUCGGAAUUAUAAGUAGUUGGAUGCCUUAUUUGUCGAGAACUGUAAAACUGUAGAAAAUAAUUAUAGAGCGAUCAUUGUUCACUAAGACUGAUCAGUUUAAAAUUACAUUAUUGCCAUUUAUGAACGAAUACACUUAUAUGAGUAUUUUGGUAUAUUAUAUUAUCUCAUUGUUACCAAAUAUUUUGUCGAUAGGUGUGUAAAAUGACUUUCUGUAUAAAUUAUUGUAUUGUAAAUUAUUUUAGGUUUACUAGUCAUUAGGUAGGAAUUGAGUAGUAUUAACAUUUUGUAAAUAGUUUGUAAAUUUGGUUAAAGUACUUGAAUAUUUCGUUCAAGUUCUGCCUUUGAAUGUUGUAGUGUCAUCGAAGUAGCCUAAUAAAUUAUGACACGAUAUUGUAAUGUUUAAUGUACCUAUAUUAUAUUUGUCGACUGUUAUAAUACUACUAAAAUUGAAAAUAAAACAAAAUUACAAAAUAA